AUGCAGGUCAGUACAAGCAAGACAGUGACAAGUGCAUCCCUUCCAAAGAAAAAUGGCGCCAGACCCACGUCUCCUGUUAUGAUCAGCAGAUCCUCCCAAACAGAAUUCACGUCUGGUGUCUCAGAGUCGUCACUCAAAGACAAACCCCACCCCUUGUAUGACGCCAGCAAGGCAGGGGUCAAUGCUGACGGCACACACAGGGGGAUGAUAGGGGACCAGGACUCUGACAGUGGCUACAGCAGUCCACUCCACCAAUCAAAUUACGUGAACCUUGGCAUUCAGGUCCACCCUGAAAACUUGCUCACCACAGGGGCCCCACCAGAGGAGAGUGGUCCCAGCAAACACAGUGGGAAGAGAUCUGAUCCCCAGCAGAGGGAAAACCAGGUUAAAAAAUCUGGCACAGACAGCGGUUCUAAAGAGAGGUCAGGGAAGUUAAAGUUCAAGUCCGGGGAGAAGAUCCGGGUUGAAAUCUCUGGGUCUGAGAGUAGGAAGAAGAAGAGUCUUAGAGACGGUGUCAGGUCGCCGAGGCUUCUGGGAGCGAAUACAAAACUGUUGUCGAGGUCGUCGUCGUCCGUCUCGUCGUCCGGCACCAGGCAAGAUGACGACGAUGAAAAAAUUGAUCUGCAUUCUUGGACAGAUUUUCCUCCCAUGUUGUCUAGGGGCCCUUCUACUUCCUCCUCUUCCGGUUUUAAAUCUACACCCCCUCUUAACUUAGACGAGCGGGUUCCUUUAACUAUCGAGCGCUCUGCGCAUGAACCCCCGUGGUCAAUCAAAUUCAGCAUGGAGGAAACAAGAUCGGGCAGGAGCAGGUCAUCUAGUGGCGAGAAGGAACAAAAUUUGUUAUCAGCGUCUUCGUCGGACCAGCAAGGAACUUCAGAGCAGUCGGCCGCCUGGGGGAACAUUGGGCGGAACUUUCGGCCAGGUUUAGACCAGGAGUUGUCCGUCCUAAUGUCCGGCUCCGACGCCAUGCCAGUCUUCAGCCCCACAGCCAAGGCGAGUUCUGCUUCCCCCAAUGUGAACUACAACUCCUCUGUUGUAAGUAAAACUGGUCAUGGUGUAAAUAAAGCCGGUAAACUUGACCGCAAGAAAGGGUCCGGUGGUCAACAGAGUGUUGAUAUCCCUGGUAUUGGCCUCAGGGAACAAACUGUCUUAGCCGUCAGCACCAAAUCCUCAACCUCCUCCAUGUCGUCGUCCGUCGUGUCGUCCGUCACCACCUCCGUCACCAUGACAACAAACUCAGCCACGCCCACGCUCACCUCCAGCCACGCCAAAGCUGGGCGCUCGUCUUUUAAAGGUCGCGACCCCGCUGCGGGUAACAAAACAAAGGGUAAGGAGACCUCGUCUCAUGAACUAAACAGGUGUGGGGGCACGGACAGCGGGUCAGCGCAGUUUACCAGUGACCCGGCAGGUAAAUAUAGCACAGGUGGGCUUGUCUGCUGCAGUCACAUGGUUGCAAGUGCAAACACAGGAGCUAAAUUCACAGUGGCGCCAACAGUUCCGACACACCUGACAGUAAACCUCAACAUGCCACCACCACCGCCAUCUUCUAUCCUCCACGGACCUUCUCUACAGUCCUAUGCAAACAUCACACAGGGGGCAGCACUCAAAGGUGUACCGCCCCCAGGAGUUUUCCCCCCUGGAGUGAAUUUCCUAGCACAAAGGGGGAUGACUCCAGCUCAGACUUACAACACUCCGCCUUUUACCACGCCUCCAUACGCCAUGCUCCCCAACCCGCCUUAUCCUUACUUCACAGGGGCAAUAACCAGUCAGCCUCCCCCUGUCUCGUACGGAGUUGUCUCACAGUUCCCAGUGGAUCAAGUCCCACACCCUUGUUUUCAGUCUAAAAACAGCACAAGUAUUAACUACAGCAUGGCAGCUAAAAAACCUCCAAGCAGUUACAUCCCUUCCAGGCAGCCUGUCCCCACAGGCGCAUCUAUAAAUAGACAAUCAGACAAUCACGUAACCAAACCAGCCGUCCAGAAAAACAAAGACCAGCCGGACGAGACUCAGGGUAACCCUGAAGAUGUCGACCCUGAGAAGAAGAAGAAAACUCGGAGGAGGAGGAGAAGGAAUCGGUCAAAGAAAGGUGAUGACGAGGGUGAGGCGGGGGGUGGCCCGUCGUCGGAGCAGUCUGCGCUCAACUCGAGCGUGUCGGAGACAACGCUGCAUUUUGAGGAUGUUGACGAGUUCCCCGACCUGCUUCCUGCGUCGACCCGAGCUUUUGGUGAAGAUGGGGUCGUUGGAGGUGAGAGGUCAACCCUUUCAGGUACUUCGGUGACCUACAGUGACAUCAUUAAGUCAACAUUUUCUAAAGCUGGCAGUCAGAGUAGAACCCAGUCUUUGACAGGCUCAUGUGUGUCUGGGGAUGAGGAUGAUGCCAGUUGUCACACAGGUACAACCAACGAAUCAAAAAAAGCACGGAAGAGGAGAAAGAGAAGGGAACAAGCCAAUAAGGCAGCAGAGGCGGAGUUAGCUGAAAUCUCAUUGGAGCAGCAGUGGCUGAAGGAGGUGGGGCUUAAAAAAUCAGCCAAUCACACGCUGAGUGGCAAACCCAUCCCUGGUGUCAUCACCAACACUGCUGUGGUCAGCGAGGCCAAGAAGCAAGGUAAAGGUGCAGGAGGGAAGAAAUCUCAGCAGCCGAUGGCGCUGGACAUAGCUGCCAUGAUUGAUGCCAUACAGAAAAAACCUGCAACAACUGCUACUGGGUCACUGACAAACAAACACGUCACACCAUCUGGCAACAUAAACAAGGGAGGGAAGAAGGAAAGGACUGGCAGUGUUGGUUUACCUGGCAACAUCCUGGACUCCUCAGCCCCUGUACAAAAAAGGGGCAAGGAAAGGGAGAAUGGGAAGGCCAAGAAGCCCAGUCCUUUGAAGAAGGUUAUCCUGAAGGAGAGGGAACAGAAGAAGAGGCUGAGACUGCUGGAUGAGGACCCUGAUUCUGCUACAGGGCUUGAUUCAGUUGGUGGUGUACCUGGUGUUGGCAUUGUUGGAGGAGAAAGUGAGCUAAGCCAGGAUGCUCUGAGUUCAAAAUCUGAGGGUACAGACGGAGGGGAUGGAAGCGGAGCAGCUGAAUUAUCAGCAGAUUUAUCUCCCAUCAGCCAGACAUCCCCUAUUUCAAUGUCGCCAGCCUCCCCUGGAAACUCCGGGGUGAACUCCCCCAUCACUGGGUCUAUUGGUAGGGAUCCUGUUGUCAUGAAGAUACACAGCCGCAGGUUUAGAGAGUACUGCACUCAGAUUCUGGACAAGGAUAUUGACCAGUGCUGUACGUCAUUGCUGCAGGACUUGGUCAAGUUUCAAGACAGGAUGUAUCACAAAGACCCGGUCAAGGCUAAAACAAAGAGAAGAGUUGUUCUGGGACUAAGGGAGGUAACCAAACACCUGAAGCUGAAGAAAAUCAAAUGUGUGGUCAUCUCACCAAAUUUGGAGAAAAUCCAGUCAAAAGGGGGCCUGGAUGAAGCACUGAACAAUAUCUUGAACAUGUGCCAAGACCAGUCUGUUCCUUUUGUUUUUGCUUUGGGGAGGCGGGCCCUGGGUCGAGCUUGUGCCAAGUUGGUGCCGGUCAGUGUGGUUGGGAUCUUCAACUACGAGGGCUGUGAGCCAAAGUACAACAGCCUGAUAUCCCUGACAGCCGCCGCCAGAGAGGCCUACAACGAGAUGGUCUUGGCUGUGGAGAAGGAAGUGGCCGAGUACCCCUCCAUUGCCUCACAGACUUCCAGCAUUGGGGGGAUCCCCGGCCUGUACGCGGCCCACAUGGGCCACUCACGCACCCCAUCUGGGUGUAGCGCCAUCUCCUUCACUAGCUCUAUCCUGUCUGAGCCUAUAUCUGAGAACUUCCCUCACGCGGAGCCGGAGGUGGACAGUAAGGGCUAUGAGAUUGUCCGUGAUGCGGCGGGGAACGUUGUCCAUCCGUCUGGGGGCACCACCAAGCCAGGUCAAGACUUCGAUGAUGGAAACGAGGCAGACACAGAGGACUUUGGAGAAAACAGGAGGAAGAAAAAAGGAAACAGGAACACAAACUCUGUCAGGUUUGGUGAUAUGGUAGGGGCUAGAGUUACAGUUCCUGUCGAUAAAGAUGGUGGUCAGUCAAGUCGAGGUGGUGGCGGUGGACAAGAGUCGGCUGAUGAUGGUGUGGGCAAGUUGAGUCGAAACGUCAGCGAGUCCACGCUCAUCAACGAGGACAGUUUGAUCAGGAAAGGGGACUUAAUCUCAGGCCAGUGUAACAUCCAGGAGGACUUCGAAGACCAGGAAGACAGUGAUGGGGCGGACAACUCCGGUGAGGUGAGGGUGAGGAGAGUUGCGGAACCUGAUCAGGGAGCCAGCAAGUGGGCCAUGGCUCACAUAGACUCCAUUCACAGCAACAGCUACAACCUGGGGAAUGAGAUUCUGUCCCAGCAUUCCCUGACCCACGACCCCAGGGUCAGGGGUCAAAUGUCACAGCUGUCACCCUCUUCCUUGUCCGCGGUGUGCGGGAGUGAGCUCCGACAGAAGGGGAGUAGAGGGCACGGGGUGGAUGAAGAGGAUGAUGACGAUGAUGAUGCUGUUGAUGAGUACAAUGAUGAUGAGCAGCAGGAGGAGGAAGAGGGAGAGGAGGUGGAUGAGGAAGAGGAGAAGGCCAAGAGUCACCAUCGGAUCAUCGACAAGGAGCGGAUAAAAAAUUGGUUGGAGUCUCAGUCCAAUAUAACAACAGAGGACUAAACAGUUAAAACCUUAUGUGUUGUAGUUCACUUGUACAUUUAGAGAAACACUAACAUGUCAUGUUUUAGGAUGUGAAUUUCAGGGUAUGUAUUUUUUGAAAGAUUUUGUUUAAAAAAUUGUAAAAUGCAGGUGCAAAAUAUUUUUUUUUUUACGGAAAUAUUUUUUAUCCUGCUGAAGAAAGAAAAUUUUAAUAAAUGCGAAAAAAAAUUUAGAAACUUAAAUUUUCAACUUAUAAAACCUUGAAUUGUGUAGGGAAAAUGUGGUUAUACAUCCCUUAAACAGUAUAGAGGAAAAUGUCUUAGUCUAGGAUAUCCCAGUUACACUAAUGACUGAACAAGUUAGAUAUCUCUCAUCAACAGUCAUUUUUAUUUUAUCUUAACUUAUCAGAGUUGGAACUUUUAAAAAACUUAGGCACAAAUAAGAAUUUGUUAUAUAAAAAUAUUUUUUAUGCCAAAAAUUGUAUACUUUAACAACACCCCAAUUUUUAAUGAAAUAAUUGUAUUUCUGUCUCACCAUUUCCAUUUAUUUUCCUAUAGCCACUUCUUAAGUGACAAAUUGACCUACACAGAAACUGUGUAAUGCACUGAAGUCUCUCUUAUUAUCAUAGAUCAGAAGUUGUCUCUCACUCCGUAUUCAAAUAUCCAAAUCAACAUUUUUCAUAGUGUUACCUAUGUCUCCAGAGGAUUUUAAAACAAUAAUUUAAUUGUGCCAUCACUGGCUAUGAUUGGUUCUAGGUGCUUUGAGCACAGAUGCAUUGACUACAGGGGCUUUGACCGUAGGGGCUUUGACCAGAGGAAUUUUAACUAUAGGUGAUCAUUUUUAUAGUGAUAAUAUUAAUAAACUGAUAUUCAAUUUAGAUGAAUGAUGGAAUAAAUACAAUUUUAGGUGCAAAUUUUUCCUUUGAGUUUCUAUUAAUAGAAAUUACCCUGUUGUAAAAAAGUAACAAAUAAUUCAACAAGUAAAAUGUUUAACUUGUUGCAUCAUGAAAGUAAAAGUAUAAAUGAUAAAAAGCCUGCCUAUGACAUAGUCAAAGUUGUAAAACUUUUAUGGUUAACUAAUUAACAAAUGUGCUACAGCACACAAAUAUGUCAGUACAUCUGUUAAUUUCUAAAGCUAACAAAUUGUUCUCAAAAUGGGUUAAAAAAAUUUUUUAAAUGAAUUUUGUAAAAAUUAAUUCAAAAUAUUUGCACCAAGUUUUGAUUUUAUGGAAUGCUGCAACUUUUUACCUGAGUGGUCGAGAUGACUGUUAUUUAUGCAUGAUGAAAAAUCAUAUUAUUAAAUCAUAUGGUACCCUCAAAUACAAUUAUGCAACUUUUUAUCCCUUUUUAAGUAGAUCUUUACUAUGUGUUUAAACCCCCACUCUAGACAAAGCCCCUAUGGUCAAAGCACCUGUAGUUAUAUGUCCACAUACCGAAAGAUUUUGUUAUGGGUGAGGUGGAGUUCCCAAAAAGUUCCAUAUAUGUAUAUAAAUAGAGAGACCAUACUUAUUUUAAGAGUGUUAAAUUUAGGGUUUAAUGGCUUAGAUUUUUAAAAUGAAGAGCCACUUGAGUGGGCAGUGGCCAAUAGCUCCAGCUUUUCACACAACAGCUGUCAUUUUAGUGGUCAUCCUCCCACACCCAACACCUUACCUCCCCCUCCCUUGCCUACGUCACUAAUUGCCAUCCCUAUUACAAACCCAUCUUCCACACCCCUGGUAUAUUGUUAUUAACAAUACUUUUAAGAUGAAGAUCUAAGUUCACAGCAUCUCUGUAUUUUAUUAUCAAAACCUAAUUUACAUUUUUUUUCAUUUUCACUGAAUAUUUUUGGCAUUAUUUUUAUCAUAUUUCUUCACCAGUAUUUGUGCCUGCAAAUUAAUUUAAAACUAUUUAUUUUUUUAGAUGGCUUUAUUCAUACAUGACAUUUUAAAUAAAAAUACCUUCUGUGACUUCCGUAUAUGCAUUAUUCACAUGUUAGAUCACAUGGUAUCCUACUACAUCUUAUCACAGUGUUUAUAUUUGUCAAUGUAUUUUGUAAACAAUUCUAGUUUUUGGGUAUUUUGUUUUAAACCCAAUGACCUGAUAUAAGAAUUAUGAAUAUGCAAUGUAGUAAGAUUGUUAUUUUUAAUGAUGAAAGUAGGUUGUUUUAUAAGGAAAUAAAAUAAGUGCUGUUUGUCUUUAUAUUUUUUUUAACUGUGGAAGAUGAUCAUAAAUUAAUAGUUUUUUUUUUCUAUUUCUCUUGUAAAUAUUUUUUUAAUUUAAUGCAGUCAAAGAAUUUUUAAAAAAAUAUAUAUUUUGCUGUGUUAACUUGCUAAAUUUUUCAAAUGUAUACUUUGUUUUAAGUCACAUACCGUAUUUUCUAGCAUAUAGGAUAACAAUACACCUUUUCAGUAAAAUAUAGAGUACUGUUAUAUAUGUGUAUUCAACAUACAUUGAUGAAACCCAGUGUAUAAGAUGACGCACAACUUCUACGAAGAUUUUCCUUAUAUGCAUUAUUAUUAAUUAAUUAAUUUGGUAUUUUGACCCACAUCUCAAUAUGUUUUUUGUGUGCCUAUAAAAGUGACACCUGUUGGUCAACAGAACAGGUGAAGUAGAGCUCACCUGUUUCUGUUACCGCAGCUUAUGAAGGGGCAGUGUGGCCAGUACAAUGCUCAGAUGGUUGAACUGGGGGGGUACCAUGCAGAAAACCUGUCCAGUCAUCUCGACUUGGAUUCAAAUUCAUUUUUUUUUGUAUGCACUGUACCAUUUGACCACAUUACCCCUGAUGUAGCCUUUGUCUACCCCGAGGCUUGUGAAAAAUGUCAUGGAAAACUUAAAUGUUUGUGUAUUUUGUGUAUUUGUAUGUAUACGUAUGGCCUUCUAGGUAAACAACCAUAAUACAUGCAUAUAACUGAUAUACUAGUUCAGUACCAUCGAAUGCAAAAUGAAUUGUUGUGAAUAUUUUUACAUGUUGAUGAAAAUGAUACAGUACGUUUAUUUACUACUCUAUUAUAAAAAUGUAUGUUCAUUGUCUCUGUGUGUCAAUAUGUCUAUAUGCAUAUUUGUUUAUCACUACAUUUUUUACCACCAAUGUAGAGCUAUUGUUUUUAUGCCAGUCGUGCUCAUAUAAUUUAGUGCCGCCAUUUUAUUUUAAUUAGUGAAACCCAGAUUUAUUUUUUUUCAAAUUGGUGUGUGAUCUAGUAGUUGUUUCAUCAGUGAAUUAAGUCACGUAGCAAUAUUACAUUUAUUAAAAAUUGUUAUUUUUGUUAUGCUAAACAUUGGUUUUGUAAAAAAAUUUCUCCCAGUGACUCUAGGAGCAUAGACCAAAUGACACUCUAUUCCGUCAGUGACACGUGCCAGUGGUAUAGCUGUCAGUGGAAGUGCUGUCAGUUACACCUAUGUCAGUGUUAGUGUCAUCACUGUCAGUAUGGAUGUCAGCACAGGCGCUAUCAGUGACACCUGUGUCAGUGUUAGUGUCAUCACUGUAAUUAUGGAUAUCAGGGGCACUGUCAGUGACACUUAUGCCAGUGUUAUGUCACUGUCAGUGUUAAAAUUGCCAGUGUUUGCAAAUAGUAUUAUAAAAAUGGCAAGUUGUUAUUUAAUAGAAAAAAAAAUAUGUGCCUCUACAAAUAAUAAGCUCAGCUGUGAUGUACCCUGUUAAGCCUGUAGUCUUAUGAUAAAUGUGCUGAAUUCUGCUGAUGUAUAUGUUUGCAUACUUUGAAUGUAGAUCUACAUUUAUGAUUUUGUGGUUUUGUUGAAAAAGAUAACAUUCUGGCAUUAAAUUCUGUGUCAAGUUGAUUGUUAAUACAACAAUUGCUUAAAGCUGGGUUUUUUUUGUGUGAAUGUCGAGCAAUGUUUAUGGUUGAAUUAAUUGUAUUAAUUGUAUUUAAUGCUGGUAAAUGAAAUAGCAUUUUUUUUAAAAAGAAGAGAAAUUGUAUGGUGAUUGAAAGUGAUGUCCCUUGAAAGGGGAGAUUAAUCAUGUUCCUACUAACCUUGACAUUGCCUACCUUAGGUAUUCAAAUAAUUCGACUUUUUUUGUUCCACUGUAUUUAUUAUAAAUAAAAAUAUUCUUUAACAUUAAAAAAACAUAUAUUAAAAAAAAAUUUACUUGAAUUUGCAUUAUGUUGAAAAAAACAUGUUACAUUAAAAUUGUUUUUGUGAAUUUAUAAUAAAAGUUUUGGGAAAAGGGAAUCAUUUAUUUACUCCUGACACACUUGUAUAAAUAUAAAUGUUGAAUGUGAGGCUCUUACAAAACUACAAAAAUUUUGUAAUUUUUGGGACCACAAAAAUAUAUUUUUAUAAUUUAGUGGACUACAAAAAUAUUUUUU